AGGAAGAAGUCCCAGCCCAAAGAUUGACUGUGAUCUCUUCUGCUGAACUGAUCGCAAACCAUCAUAUCGAUCUCUCUCUACACCACAAUGGCGCCGUCUCCGGAACGCACGCCGUUGUUGGCCUCUGACCAGUCUCCCGAUCGCGAGAACGACAAUGCCGCUCCCAGGUCACGAUGGCGCGAGCUUGCGCUCUUCACCUGGGCCCUUCUGGCUACCGCCGCCGUCAUCGUUUUGGCCGUGGUGAUCCAGCACAGUAACUCCACCCAACACUCGUCGAUCUCGCCGGCCGCAGUCUCUGACUCCUCCUCUGUAGCCGGCGACAAGAAGCACGGUUCUCCGUCCGGCGGCAAGCGCAACUUGGUCUUCAUGGUAUCCGAUGGCAUGGGACCCGCUUCGCUCUCUCUUACGCGCUCCUUCCGCCAGCUCACCCAGGACUUGCCUAUCGACGAUACCCUCACCCUCGACCGUCACUUUUGGGGUACCUCCCGCACGCGCUCGAGCAACAGCUUGGUGACGGACUCUGCUGCCGGUGCCACUGCCUUCUCCUGCGGCCUGAAGAGCUACAAUGGGGCUAUCUCGAUGCUUCCCGAUCACACACCAUGCGGUACCGUCCUCGAAGCUGCCAAGCGUGCUGGAUACUACACCGGCUUGGUCGUGACGACCGAUAUCACGGACGCCACUCCUGCUUGCUUCGCCGCUCACGUCUUCCAUCGCAUGCAGGGCGAUGAGAUUGCGCUACAUGAGGUCGGUCAUGGACCCCUCGGUCGCGUUGUCGAUCUCAUGCUGGGCGGCGGCAGGUGCCACUUCUUGCCCAGGGGAACUCCGGGCAGCUGCAGACAGGAUGACAUCGAUGUUACUAAGCUCGCCCAGGAGGAGUAUGGAUGGAACUACGUUAGUGAUCGCGCCGGCUUCGAUUCCCUUGGCUUGGGCAAGAACGUUUCCUUGCCCCAGUUGGGUCUGUUUGCGACCACAGAUGUUCCCUUCGAGAUCGACCGCCGCAACAUGGCGGAUGUGUACCCUAGUCUGAGCGAGAUGGCUGCCACGGCUCUGGCGGCGCUUGAGGAGGCUACCAAGGACAGCGACAAGGGUUUCUUCCUCAUGAUUGAGGGUAGCAGAAUCGACCAUGCCGGUCACAUCAACGAUCCUGCUGCUCAGGUUCGUGAGGUGCUUGAGUACGACAAGACUUUCAAGUCUGUCCUUGACUUCAUUGAGAAGUCGGACACUGAGACCAUUUUGGUUGCCACCAGCGAUCACGAAACUGGUGGUCUGUCCACUGCUUGGCAGGCGCCCAGUGAACUUCCCGUCUACAACUGGCACCCCACCGUCCUCGCUCGCGCCAACGCCUCAUCUGAGUUCCUCACCGCCCUCCUCCUCAAGCACAUUGCCGAAACCGGCGACAAGGAAGAGUCGCUCCUCCGCUGGAUCAAUGACGAGCUCGUUGUCAAGCACCUCAACAUCAAGGACGCCUCCGAGGUCGAGCUUAACUCGAUUGCCAGCAACCCCGCCCUGGCCAUCCAGCUUUUUGCCCGCAUGGUCAGUGUCCGCGCCCGUGUGGGCUGGAGCACGCACGGCCACAGCGCCGUGGACGUAAACAUCUACAGCUCUGGCGGCCCCGGCACCGAGAAAAUCAGGGGUAACGUUGAGAACACGGAUGUCGGCAAGUUCCUGAGGGGAUGGCUCGAUUUGGAUAGCGAGGUGGAGAAUAUCACCAAAGAGCUGGUCAAGAAGCUGGGCGACAAGGCUCCCUCGCAGAAGCAGUUGGAGAAGAUUGAGAAGGCGUCCACCGCUUUUGAGGCUGAUGGAUUAGCUCAUGGCGGGUUCGAGUCGGGGCUUUAUGGCCAUGUGUUGUAAGAGGGGCUGAAGUUUCGAGGGUGGCGGUUUUUAAGAGCUUCCUUUGUGGUGUAUAUGGACAUGAUGCAUACGAUCUUGAUAUGAUAUGGGUGGAAGGAUGAGUGAUACAAAUGGAUUGCAUAGAUUGAACAUUGGCAUGAGCGACAACGGAGUUGCAUGGCAGAGACCGGCUGGGUAGCGUUUGUAUCUUAUGUAGGAUAGCGUUUAUGAGUUGAUGCUAGCAUUGUCGUAUGGAUAUGUAUAUUAUAGAUGAGCCUUCACGCCUUCACGACACAGAGUUAUCCUCUUCUUUCACGACGAGAAGACAUCCAUGGCAUAUGUGGAUGUUGAUCGCAUGAUGUUUGAAGCAUAUCGUCGAAGGGAGUCAUGCUCAUCAUUUCCAUUAUACCAUGUGCACAGAGAUGAUUGGUCAGUUCGAUUUCAUUUUAAACUCCCGCUCCGAGAAAUGGGAUUCCUCCUGCCAUUCUGUUUUCCGGCGGGCAUCAUACAAGCCCCUCAAGUCCCAUCAACCAGAACCAUCAUUUCCUCGUCAUUUAUUGAAAUGACUUGACAAUCUUCUCCAAAGCAUCCACCAAAAUAUCCGCAUGCUUCUCCUCGAAAAUCAACAUGGGCCUCAACCUAACCGCGCUCUGUCCACUGCCGCCAAUAUUCACCCCAAACUUCUUCGCCCUCGCCAGAAACUCGUCUCUGCGCGGGCUAUCAAACGCAAUGAACGUUCCCUGUCCUUUACCUCUCAGAUUCGCAAACUGGCCCGGAUACUUCUGCGCCAGUCCUUCCAGCUUGCCGUACAGAUAGUCACCCACUCGAGCCGUAUGCUCCACUAGUCCCAACCGUUCAAUCUCGCCAAUGAUGGCCUUGAAAAGCAACGCCCUGGCCGGGUCGCCCAUCCACGUGUUGAACUGUCUGUAAGGCUUGUUGGGGCGCAGCUCCGGGUUGCCAAAGUAGUAACCGGCCGUCUGGGCCUUCUUGGAAAAGGUCACCAUGUCGGGAGGAUCUUGCAGGUCCCAGUGCUCGUGCGCCCAGAACUUUCCUGUAGCGCCGACGCCCGUCUGGACUUCGUCCACGAUCAGCAGGACGCCGUGCUUCUUGGUGAUGGCGCGCAGACCCCUAAAAAAGGCGGGCGAGGCGUGGUUGUCGCCGCCCUCGGACUGGAUCGGCUCAACCAUGACCGCCGCGGGCGGGAUGUGGUAGGUCUUGAUCAGGUGCUCGACUUCGUCCAGCGCGGCCUGCUCGGCGGCCGCGUUCUCUUCGGCGUGCUCCUCGAGGGGGUACUUGAGCAGCGGGAAAGUCGCCUGCGGCCAGUCGAAAGCGGGGAUAUCCAGCUUGUGGAUGGGCUUGGAGCGGGUAGUCGACAGCGAACCGAACAAGCGGCCGUGAAAGGCGGACUUGAAGGAGAGGAUGGACAAGGAGGAAGCGCCGGGCGAUUGGUUGAUCAUGGCGGACUCCAUUUCUUCGGCGGUGAAUUCCACCUGGGGGCCGCCGCGCUCCUUUUGCCGGCGCCACAUGAAGGCGGCUUUGUAGGCGGUUUCGUUGGCGUCGGAGCCGGCCAUGGCGGUGAAGACUUGGUUGAGCCCCUUGGGCGCGACCUUGAGGAUGCCCGUCUUGAGCACCGAGGCCCAGUCGGUGGGCGGGAAGUUGCCGAGGGCGGGGCGGUUAAUGAUGCUGUUGACCAUGUCGGAACUGAGGGCGGCGUCGUGCAGGACGGGGUUGUUGUAGCCGAUGGGGAUGGAGGCAAUUUGAGC